AGAGAUAGUGUGAGAGAGAGACAGAGAGGGAGAGAGAGAGAGAGAGAGGGAGAGAGGGAGAGAGAGAGAGAGAGAAAGAAAGGGAGAGAGAGUGUGAGAGAGAGACAGAGAGGGAGAGAGAGAGGGAGAGGGGUGUUUUUAAAGUAUUUAUGAAUGGUUAUACCUGUAUAACCUGUUGGACUGGUUAUCAGGUGUCUUCAUGUUUUUGUGUGUGUGUGUGUGUGUGUGUGUGUGUGUGUGUGUGUGUGUGGAGGUAUGCAGUCGCACCCUCCCUCCUGAGUUCAUUACUAAAGUUUUUUAGCCAUCAGCAGAGGAAAAAGGACGAGUGUGAAAGGGUCAGAGCGACAGUCGAGCCUCCAUGUAACUUCUUAAAUUGUGAGAAACUGAAAAGAGAAAAUAAGGAAAAAAGACAAAAAAAGGAGGAAAAAAAUUCUAAUUGUAGACAGUAUACGAGUGUAAAGAGCCCUGAAGCAGAGCAGCAGUGAAGCAAUAUUAGACAUCUAAAAUCUGAUAGAGAACCAAAAAACCUCACAGACAUCAAGUUUCAACAAGUCUCUUCCGUUGAUGUCCAUCCAGACCAUGUCCAUUCCUGUGGACUUCCUAUCUGAGGAGCAGUUCUCCUGCUCCAUUUGCCUGGACGUCUUCACCAACCCCGUAUCCACACCAUGUGGCCACAGCUUCUGCCUGUCCUGCAUCACGUCGUACUGGGACAACCAGGGCAAGGCCUGCAUCUGUCCGCUGUGCAAGGAGAGCUUCCGCAAGCGCCCAGAGCUCCACAUCAAUCACACCCUCAAGGAGAUCACAGAGCAGUUCAAGCGCAUGGCUGAUACCUCUGGAAGCCCUGAGAUCUCCACCAGUACCCAAGCUGCAAGCUCUCACUCUCCUCGCAUCUCGGACCGAAAGAUCAGCGGGUCACCUCGACCUGGAGAGCUGCCCGGAGGACUGUUGAAGGAAAUGAAGAGCAGGUUUCAUAGGACAUCGUCCAGCGGGAAUUUGUUGGAAGAGUCGUCACCAUCUUCACCACCGCCUCCAUAUGAAGCCAGCAGGAGGAGGUUCAGCGCCAGCGGUUUCGGUUCAGCGAGCGCAAGCAGACCACAGUGUAGCAAGCACGGACUUUGCCUGGAUAUGUUCUGCAGGGACGACCAGACGUGUGUUUGUGCGAUGUGUGCCGAGGGCGACCAUCAUGGCCACUCGGUGGUGCCGGCCCGGCGGGAGAUGACCGUGAAGAAGUCUCAGUUGGGGAUCAUGGAGGCGGAGUUGCAGAGUUUAAUCAUGGCCAGAGAGAAGAAGAUUGAGGACAUUCAAAUUUCGCUUGUUAACAUUCAAGAAAACGCACAGCAGGAGGCGGAGAUCACGGUGAGCAUGUUCCGUGCCUUGAUCGGUUCCUUGGAGAGAUCUCAGGCCGAGGUGUUGGAGGUAGUGGAGAUGGGCCGUGCUGCUGCAGAACUUCGCUCACAGGCCCUCAUCCGGGACCUUCAGCUGGAGAUCACCGAACUGAGGAAGAGGAUCAGCACGCUGUCUCAGCUCUGUCAGUCCAACGACUACUUCAGCUUCUUCAAGACGUAUCCGUCCCUCUCUGCGGUUCCUCCGAUGAAGAGCUGGACAGAAGUGACUUUGAGCGCCGACCCCACGGCCGGAGUGGUUCUGAAAAACGUCACUGAAAUGAUGGAGAAAGUCCAGGACCAGCUGAGGAAGCUGCCGCAGAGCUGUUUACAUUCAGCGAUGGAAUCACCUGUAAAACAACAACCACGACUUUGUAAAAUACAGGACUAUGCAUUGGACGUUACUCUGGACCGAGACUCUGCUCACCCUAGACUGAUGAUCUCUGAGGACUGUAAGCAGGUGUACUGCACUGACCACUAUCAGGCCGUGAUGGACGUGCCUGAACGCUUCGACCGCGUGGUCUGUGUGCUCGGCUGCCAAGGCUUCAGCUCAGGCCGCCAUUACUGGGAGGUCCACGUGGGUGAGAAGACGGACUGGGACCUGGGUGUGGUCAAUCGCUCGAUCAAACGCAAGGGGAAGAUCUCGAUCAGUCCGACUAACGGCUACUGGCUCCUGAGUCUACGAGACCAGCAUGAAUACGCCUUCCGUGCCAAUCCGUCGAUGCCCAUUUACCUAAACCCCAAACCUCAGAAGGUUGGGAUUUUCAUUGACUAUGAAAAAGGACAAGUGUCUUUUUAUAACGCUGACACCAUGGCACUUAUUUUCACAAAUGUCUAUUUCUUUACUGAAACCUUAUAUCCGUGCUUCAGUCCUUGCACCAACAAAUCCGGGAAAAACGAGGCUCCUCUUGUCAUUUGUCCCAUCAUUCUGUCUGAGUGAAAAGCGCUGAUCAACACAUUUUAAUCUUUUACAAUUUGCAAGCGUAAUCGUCUAUAAUGAUAGUGAUAGUGAAAUGAGCUGCGAGUUGAUUUUAAAUGAAGCGUAUAGACUGCUGCAGGGAUGAGGAAUUUUUGUAGGCCAACCCAGAAGUUAGCAUCACCCUGGUUCCCUCGACAAAAAGCUAAUAGGAUUUUUCCAUUGGCUUUUGGAUUAUUA